CGGCUGCACAUGCCUCUUCCCAGGGGAAGAGAGAGAGAGGACGUUCAGAGGAGAUCCUAUACCACCACGCCUGUGCUUGCAUCAAGCUCUUAAUGAGGGCUGUGCCACAAGCAAUUAAGCUUGUCUUUUCUGUCUCCCAAGUGGUGCGAACGGUAGCUGCAAAUCACUGCUCGACAUUGUUAAAAAAGCUGAGAUUUUAACUGCCUUCAAUACCAGGAUUUCUCCAGAACACUCGGAACAAGACACUGAGGAGUCGAAACUCUGGAGAGUAGCCAGAUUUGUUAAUAAAUCCUUGCCUGAGUGAAAAGAUCUUCUAGAGCUUGAAGGUCUGCAACUUUUCAGUUGUUGAAGGAACUUCACUGAGUCAGAAAGGCAGCACCAUCUAGUGGUCACAUUGGAUGCAUGACCUUGUACCCAGUAUCAGCAGCGUGAUGAUCGUGAUGAACGAUAAGAUUCUCGAUGCUCACAGUGUGGAACCCGCUCUGAUCCGCGUGUCUGUCCGUGGAGAUGAGGGCCCAUCUCAGUGUGAAGGAAGCAGCUUCAGAACACCAUCUCAUCAAGGCAGCCCAGACAACAGCCAUAGACAAUUCACAAGUCUGCCCAUGAACUGUCAGUCCACAUUUCCAAGGCGAGCACAGGACCAAUACAGCGCUCCAAAGAACAGAAAAGGCUCCCUUGCCUGUGAGGAUUCAGCAAAGCACAGCAGAGAGGGCAAUAUAUCUUCUGAAGAAGCAGAGAUGAAAAAUCACAAGAGGAAGUUGAACCACAAUGAGGGAAGUGAUAUCAACUUAGCAAAGCUGCCAAGAACAUGCCAUAACUCUGAUGCAAGACUAGAAAAUGGCAACAUGCAAGUUCCGCUGGACACCAAGCAACUGGAUAGAAAGGAAACACCAUUGCCUCGACAUGAACUCCACAAACAAAUGGAGGAGAUGGGACAGGUAGUAUGUGAUGACAGAAACCAGUCUAAAACUUCUCCACAAGAAGAACAAUUUGUGGAAAAUAUGGCAUCGUUAUCCCAAGAGUUUGCAGGAAAGAAGAAAAAUGAUGGCCUAGUGGAAUUGAAGCCAAAUUGUUGCAGAAGUGAAAAGAGAUUGGUGCAAUCUUCUUGGAUAGGUGAUGACAACAUGUCCAUUCAUAAAAACUCCUUGACAUUUCGGAACCACCUGGAAGACAUUGAAAAGUCACCAGUGACAUUGCCCAUGUAUAAUCCAAAGAAUGAGAACUGGAGAGAUAGUCAUAGAUUAAUCAUUGGGCAAGAUGAUCAAAAAAUGGACAUCAUGAAAGGCCCUUUGCAAUCUUCAUUUGCAGGUCAAGUGUUGCACUGUUCAAAUGUUGAAUCAAAAGGAUUGUUGAGUUUACUCAGUCACUCAGGUUGCAAUAAAUCACCUGGCCAAGAAGAGGGGAAUGCCAGAGAUGCACUUUGUAAAGUUUCUACAACUUCCAUUGACAGUCUGCAGUUGAGACUGAGUUCCCAGCAGAACUUGCAACUCCCUUUACCUGAAGCCAACACAGCUGAUAAAUCAGAGAAGACAUUAUUGUUGAACAAGAAUGAUCCAUUGUCAUCAUACAAUGCAUCCAGAGCAUUGGAGGGCACAUGGCAUCCACUUUACUCUUCAGCUGUAUCUAGUGCAGUUUGUAGCCCUAUGCUUGCUUCGCAUGUGAGCACAGGCAUGGGAGCGAGCAGCUAUUCACAUUUAAAUACAAAUUUUCCACACUUAAGCACCAACCUACCCAGUGGAAAUCCAUCAUCUCUCUCCUCCGUGUUUACCAUAAAACCUCAGUUGGACUCCACAUACAGCAGCAGUCUUGGACCUCAGCUUUCUGCUUACAGUUGUUAUCAUCCAAAGCAUCUCCAGGCCUCUAGCCAGGCCCAACUAACCACAGCAUAUGGGCAGCUCAAUCCCUAUCCCAUGAUGUGGCAAAAUGUGAACAUGGACAUCCACUCAGAGCCAAGGUUGCCAGUCCCUCAUCAGGGUUAUGUGAAUGAGCAAAGCACCAUCAAUAUGGGCCUUCUGAACCCAUGGUACUUCCAUCAAUACCAGAAUCAAAUUGCUGACAAUCAACCAGCUGGUGGACAGUUUGCCAGCAAAUCAAACAGUAAGGAGCUCUUGGCAGCUUCGAGUUCAAAAGCACGUUCCACUUAUUUUUACCGAGAAGAUAUAAAUGGCACCGAGUUGUGUGGGGAUUUUUUACAUCCCUUUCCACAUAGUCUGAAAGUCCAAAGUACUCCAGGUUCAAAAGCUGACAUUCAGCCAGUAUCAGAGGUCCAGCUGUGUAACAAAUACCUGUUCAAACAGAACCUUGGUUCUCAUGACCCAAUGGAAGUGAGAAAUGAUAAGAGAGACAACUCAGUUAUGGUGGCAGAGACCAGAGACAUGAAGCCACUCUCAUUGGCCCAGAGGAAUGAGCAGAAGACCAAAUCUGGAGAGCAUCAUUCAGUCUCUCCAAAUCCCAGGCCAUCUUGGAACAGUAAAGUGUGCUCCACUUCUGCUUUGGACUUGACGUUGUUGAAAUACACUUCCAAUUUUGCCAGCAAGGUAGAACUUAACACUCAACACCAACUGUUUGCCAAUGAUGGAGUGCAAAGAGAUUUAAAUUUCGAAGCAACUUCCUUGUAUUCAGCAGUUGAUGAUACCAUUCUACAACAGUCGUCCUUACGUAGACUGCCAAGAGAAACUGCCCAGAAGAUGAAAGAUCACGAUGUCCAAUAUAAAACAUCCCUUUCAAUGCUUCAGCAGAAUUCAUUAGACAGUAAAGAGACCUUUCAAGACUUGAGUUGUGGUUACCUUGAAGAGAAAUAUGAUCUGGCCAAAGUCCAAGCUUUACCUCUACUUGCUGCACCAGUGGAGAUACAUCACCCCAGGCAGCACUCAUUGAUAAUGCCAACGUUGAAGGCUCCCACAUUAACUAAAAUUCCAAAAGAUGAUAUGAACAUAGAUUCCAAUGGAAAUUGCCAACAUGGAAGACUGGAGCCUGAGCAAACAAGUGACUUUUCUGGUAUUUCAAACAAAACUUAUGUUUGUAAUCAAAUACCCACUACACCCUGCCCUCGACCCUCUGCAAAACAAAUUACACUAGUUCCACAGAUGGAAUUAGGUGCAAAGAUAAACAAAGGCACGUACACCAUGACUGAGGUUAACAGGAACAUACAUCAGGAGGCGAACACUGGCUGCACUUCUUUUAAUAACCAAUGUCUCUCCAGCUCACCCACCCCCACCCCCACGCAAAGCAAUCAAAGUUUGGGACGCUAUAAAGCCAAUUUGUCUCCCUUAAAUGAUACCUUAAACACCAAAAGAAUUAGUCACGUAACCAGUCCCACGGAUUACUACACACCCAAAAAGUACAAGGCAUCCAGAACAGAAACUCCCUGUUCCAAGAAACUCUCCAAUGAGUGUCUGCAUUCUGCUGGGGAGAUGAGGACCAGUAGUGUAAAAAAGGACACGAAUUCACCAGAAAUACUACCACCCAGUGUUUCUCUGAUCAAGCAGCUGUCCAGUCAGAAUACUUCGAGUGCUGGGCCAUCUUUGCGGUCCAACCUGCACAAUUGCCACACAAAGUUGAAGAAAGCGUGGCUCACCCGGCACUCAGCACAAGACAACACGAGGAAGCAACAAGAAAGUCAUGGCGACGAAAAUGAGACACUUUCAGGACGUAACGUUUCCAAAGGGCUAGAGAUAGAACCUGCUGCCUUGCUAAAUAAUUCAAAUCAGAAGGAAGAAAGCAUUAAGAGGCUAGCAGCCAAAAUGAGCUGUGACAGUGAGUAUAGUGACCUGGCAGAGAAUAGACACUGGCUUAGGACAAGGAGAGAAGGCAAGCUUGCAAACCAGCACAAGUCAGGUCAAGCCUUGGAGGAGAAGGUGAGAAACAGCAGCAAGGAGGACGAAGAACUGAGAGGAGAUCGAACUCUGAGCAGAAAACUGGACAAAGAAAGUGGCCAUGUUCAGAAUGAUCAAUCGGAUGUGCCAUUGCCCAUGCUUAUCAAGAGUGCAGGAGAUUCCUUCCUCCAAGAUGUCCCCUGCACUGAACUUUUCACCAACAUCCCUCGCUGCCGUGAUUGCUGGCCAAGUCGCACUAGAAAGGGACAAGAUUUCCCUCCACUAUACUCUUCCUGCAGGUUCAUGCAUCUCCGCAGGUUGUCCGUCAGCAGGAAUGGAGGUCUGAAGGUUGAAGGAUUCUCCACAGAAGACCAGGUCAAUGAAGAAGCUCCACUGGAGCCAGUGGCCCAUGCCACAGGGACUGUCUUGGACCCUGAAACCUCAGCCUACAUCUUGACACAUGUCGGCGAUCCAUUUUGUGAACUUGUGCUGGCCGAACAAAGAUUGCUCAAGCAGAUCAGCGAAAGCUAUGAUGGGGCCAUUGCCUGUAAAGCUGCAUUUGGAGAGAAGGAAGAAACCUGUGACAGCUGUCACUCUGUAGUGUUUAACCUUCACUGGAUCUGCCCGAGGUGUGGUUUCUUCGUUUGUAUGGACUGUUUUGACCUGAAGCAUAAAAAAAGCGUGAGGAACGAAAAAGAACGAGGAGAGGAUGUGGCAGCCUGGCUUAAAUGUGUUAAGGGACAAAAUCACGACAUAAAAAGCUUGCGUCCGACACAGCUAGUUCCCAAUUCUGCCUUGAUGAGCCUGUGUGAAAAGAUGCACAGCAGCAAGAAGAGACUGGGCAUCAAGUCAAACUGCACUUGCGUUGAUGGAGAUAUGAAGUGCCCAAAAAAAGCAUCUGGCAUGAGCAACAGUCCCAAGUCACAGGCUAAAAGCAAUGUGGAACUGACUCAUUCCCUGACUGCUAGAGAGGAGUCUGCCAAAUCCACGUCUACAGCAGAACUCAGCCAAGAGUCAAGCAGCAACCACGUCAGCUCCAGCUCCCAAUCACCACUGCACUGGCUGGCAGAAUUAGCUUCACAGAAAGCCAAACAGGAAGCAAAUGAAGUAGAAGAGGCGCCAUAUCGCAGGUACAGAAAUGCAUCAGUGAGCAGCAGCCUGACUGACCAGAGAGCAAGGUCAACAGAGCAAUCCUCAACCUUGUGUGAUCUGCUCACCACUACAGCGGGGAAACUGCGCCUGGGAUCCACAGAUGCUGGCAUUGCAUUUGCCCCGGUCUACACAACAUUAAGCAAUUGCAAUAUGGCAAAGCAGAGCAUGCCAAACAUUCUGGAUGACAUAAUUGCGUCGGUGGUGGAGCAGAAAAUCCCAAUCACCAAAUCACCAAGGCAGAGCAAGGAAGGUGCUGUUCCAAAGCAGACCCAAGAGGAGGAUGCUAAGAGUCCUCAUUCAUGGCUUUCCAAAGGGAUUUGUCCCUGGUUUCAGAGCCCCAAUAAUAAGAAGAACUGGAAGCUGUUCCAGGAAUACUGGAUAAAGGGCCUGCCUGUGAUAGUAUCAGGGGUCUUGACAGCAACUGACAGUAAUUCCUGGACACCUGAAUGCUUGAAGGAGAAGCUGGGAGAACAGAGUGUCAGCUUGGUUAACUGCAGGGACCAGUCUGUCCUGACCAGGGCAAGGAGCAAGGAAUUCUGGCAAGGAUUCAAAACCAACUCUGACUGCCACAGGCCCAAAUCUAGAGGCACAAAGAUUUUGCGGUUAGAUUAUUGCACUUCAGAGAAGGAAUUCAAUGAACGGAUGCCUGCUCAGUUUGAUGAGCUUCACAGACACUUGCCAUUACCAGAAUACACCAGGAAUGAUGGAAAACUGAACCUUGUAUCCCGAUUUCCAGAAGAGACAGCGAAGUCCCAGCUGGAACUGAGGGUGUGCAGUGUAUACGGGCUCAGGCUGGAUGAUGGCAAUGCAGGAAGCACCAGCUUGCGUCUGGAACUGACGGACACCAUUCAUGUCCUGGUCCAUGCAGAGCCGCUGCAGGAAGACCGGGAUGCGCUCGAAAAAGUGAUUCUCGCUGGAAUGGAGGGAGAUAUCGUGGACGAUGCAGCAAUGAGGAGACUGAAAGACUCGAGUGAGAGGCCUGGGGCCCUCUGGCAUAUUUACAGCAGCCAGGACACAGACAGGAUAAGGAAGUUUUUGCAGAAGGUGGCGGAUGAGGGAGAUACCAAGGCUGUUCCUGGUCAGGAUCAAAUAUGCAGACAGAGGUAUUACCUGGACCAGGUUCUACGGACAAGAUUGUUUGAAGAAUGUGGAAUCCGCAGCAGAGUUGUGUUACAGUUUGGGGGUGAUGCAGUCCUCAUUCCUGCAGCAACUAGUUAUCAGGUACACUAUUUCACCAAUUGUAUUACUGUGACCAAAGCGUUUGUCUCUUCAGAGCAUGUCAGAUGUUCCUUGCAAAGGCAGCCAAUAUCAGAACGCGAAUCUUGGACAGCAGAGAUGCAGAAGCUGCAGAUGAAGACUCUGCUCUACAACACUGUGAAGGACUGUGUGCAUUUUCUUCACGUUGUACCAGUCAGCUGAAACUGGAAGAAGCCCUUCUGCUGGACUGACUUUAAAAAUUAAAUUUAUGUACAUUUCUAA